UAUUACUCUGGACGGCUUCGAGACGCACUACCGGUCUAAAUUUAAACGGAAAGCCCACCUCGCUCCUCACGCUGCUUUUCUCUCUCCGUCUCGCCCCCGCCGGCGACGAUCAAUGGCGAAGAACGCACAGUCCCAGAGCUUGCCGGCUGAUGUUACCCAUCUCAUUGACCAGCUCGAACGCCAUUGCCUCGCUCCGGAUGGCUCCUACGUCUCCAAAUCCGCCCACGCCGAUCUCCAGCUCGCGAGGGAGGAUAUGGCCAGAGAGAGGACGCGAUACUUGGAAGCCAUGGCGGUUUGUUGCGAGGCAAUUGCAAUGGUGGAAGAAUACCAUCAGGCUGUGUCUGCUGCGAACCUCGGGGGUGCUAGAGAUAUUCAGGGUCUCCACCAACAGCUUGGCUUGAAUUGCUCUCCCCAGGUUUAUGAAUCUCUUGAGCAUCGAUUAGCUGUUGCUGAGGCUGCUCAGAGAUUGAGACUUCCUCUUCUUUCUAAAGAUGGGGAAAUUCAUGAGGAAGAGAUUGAAAAAUUGAGCAUGACAUCAAGGAGCUCUCUUGAUAGUACAACUACCAGUAUCACACCCAGCUCAAGUUCAAACUCUACAAGCUUCAAUAAUAGUUAUGCAACUAGCAGUGUCGGUAUGUUGGGUCUUGCUUCUCCACCUAAUAGUGAUAUGGUUGAACCUGGAGUUGGUGGAGUGCCAAAUCGUUUUCUUGGAGUAACACCAGCUUAUCUAUGGCAAGUCCAUCAAGAGCAACCGGCCAUGGAUGUGGACAUGGCAGAAUAUCAGAGAUCCCUUGUUAGAGAAAUUGAAUCUCGCUUAGAAGCAAAGUGUGAUACAUUAGCUGAUGUCUUUGCAAUGGAUGAAAUAGCAGACUCCUCUUCCAUCAGUCAGAUAGCAAGUGCUCGCCUUCCAGAAAGGGUAAAAUUAAUUAUCGAGGAGAUUGAAAGAGAAGAGGCUGUUUUGCUUGAGGAUCUCUAUUCAAUGGAUAGGAAGUUUGCAGAACACUAUAAUGUUCUAGAGCAGAUACUUGGGGUGCUCGUCAAGUUUGUUAGGGAUCUGAAGCUGCAACAUCAGCAUCAAUAUGAUGAACUAAGGAAAACUUGGCUCUGUAAAAGGUGCCAAACAAUGAAUGCAAAAUUGAGUGUUCUGGAGCAUCUACUCUUGCGGGACACUUACACUAAGGAGUCCGUGCCAGCUCUGCAUAGGAUUCGGAAAUAUCUCUUGGAAGCAACAGAAGAAGCAUCCAUCGCCUACAAUAAAGCAGUUACACGUUUAAGGGAGUAUCAAGGUGUUGAUCCACAUUUUGAUACGAUUGCAAGACAAUAUCAUGAUAUUGUAAAGAAAUUGGAAGGCAUGCAAUGGACAAUUCACCAAGUUGAAAUGGAUUUAAAGCGCUCACUUGAGGACCCAAACUCUUGAGUCUAUUCUGAGAUACAGCAAGAUUCCUAUUGAACUUUACAUUCUUGCUUCUGGUUGCACAACUUGCGUCUGAAACUUCUGUGCACAAGUGAUUGGCCCAUAUUUGCUAGGUUACAGAGAGGGUUAACUAUUUGCAAUAGAUGCAGCCAUCCAAAUGUAGAGUAUGUGGAACCCAAUAUAAUGGGGAUAAGUUUACAACUUUCAUCCAUGUCUUGGCAACCUCAAUUCCCAUGGUCUGGUUUUUGUCACUUGAAUCAUUAAAAGGGGGAAACUUCUUUCAGUAUUUUUCCUUUUCAUUUCUGGUUCCCUUUUGUUGUUGUACUUUUGAUACCUAGCUACGUGAGCCAAGCUGUAGGGGACAUGAAAUGUCUAUGAGGCUACUUUUGUAUUUCCGUGGUCUGUAAUUAUUCAUGCUAUGAAUGAUUUUGUUUCACUUGUUACAAUUUAUUAUUUCGUUCUUUGCUAUCAUAGACUUUGACGGUGCACGUAGCGAGCAGUGUAUGCCACACUGCACCGUCCCCAUUCUCUGGAAAAGAAAGAAACAAGACUUUGGUUUGGAA